AUGGCUACGUUCCAUGAUCGCGACUAUCUUGACGGGAUGGCCAAAAGCAGCAAGCCCCAACCAGUGUUUGAGGGCUCACAGAACUCUUCAAGCCCUACAGGACGACAUUUACGUGCUGCUCCAGCCCGACCACCCUGGGAACACAGAGAUCAGCCUGAUUCAUCCUCAUUCCACUAUCACAGCCAUCCUACCGACCACACCAGUAGAUCUCGGGAAGAGAUUAGAAGUCGACAGGCCUCUAAUCUCCCUCCACAGUGUACGGAUAUAGCUUCGUCUCGUUAUCCCCAAGAAUCUGAAUACGCAGUCGAGUGGAAACGGGUUGAAACGCCGCUGGCCUCGCCUUUCCAGAACGGAAGCCAUCUUGAUGAUAGAGCCUACAGGGGAAUACCCCCUGCAUUUUCGAGAGACUCGCAAUGCUCUCCAACCUUUGCAGGACGGCGUAUGGAUACGGCCACGGCACAUCCUCAUAAGAGUGCAGAUUUGAUGUGGAGGGGAAGCUCUGACGAGAUGGCUAGAGACUCGCACAACUCUUCAAGCCCUACUGGACUGCAUAGGGAUAUGCGUCAAACUCGAUCUCGCAUGAAUGAUUUUGAUGACAUUACCCGCAGAGGCAGCUCCGACACAGUGGCCAGAGGGUUGCAGAAUUGCUCAAGCCCUGUCAGCCGGAGACUGACUAUAUCUCAUGGCACAUUCAGCACCAACCACGAAGAUCGGAAGUUUAGCAUCUCAUCCUCACUGCAAACUGACGGUAGCGAAGACUUUGAUUGCAAAUGCCCCAAGGAGCCACCUAGGCCCCGAAAUAGUUUUAUGUUGUAUAGGCAGUACCACCAAAGCGCAGUGGCGAAGGACAAUAAGGGUUCAUCCAAUCCUGAGAUAUCCAAAAUUAUCGGAACCAUGUGGAAACGCUUGGGAGAAGAGGAGCGUAGAGUCUGGACGGAACUGGCGGACGAGGAGAAGAAAAUGCAUGGGCUCAAAUAUCCCGGCUAUCGAUAUAAGCCAAAUCGCAGACCAAAGUCUCAGGGAAAGCAAAGCUAUCGGUGUUCCAAGUGUGGUGGUCGGCAGAAUAAGGCGACACGAUCUGCGGAGUCACCAGGAUCACCACGGUCUCCAGAAUCCGUUGGAUCUUCACAGUCUUCGCCGUCCUCCAGAACACCGAAGGCACCACGGGGGCCUCGGGGCCCACAGGGGUAUCAGGGGCCACGAACACCACGAACUCCAAGAACCUUACCGACUCCAAUCACCCCUUUCGCAGCCUCGGCUGAAAACUCGUUCGCAACCCCUCUGUCAUUAGGGGGCCAUAGGAAUUUAGAGCCACAUUCCUGGCCGCCUCCCAAUGCCCCAAACACUUUCCCUCGUCGCCAGAGUGGCAUUACUCCAUCUCUUCAGAGAAUAAUCGAGCAAAGGGAACCUCGAAGUCCCAGAGACUACGGCUCAGCAUCACCGGACAGAAGACGACGUCGAACAAACGACGCCGGAGACUAUUGUGCAAUCGGCCCCGAUUUUGAUAAUGGAAGACGCCCAGAACUGGCGUUCCAUGAGAGAUUGGCGACGUCUGCUGUGCCCGAGCCUGCGUCUUUCCCUAGAUCACAAAGCCUUUCCACUCUACCACCACCUCCUUGGCAGCAGGGUACAGAUACGCGGCAGAGUUCAGGGUUUGGCGAUCCUCCUCCUCUUCCUACUCUUGAGCCGCCGCUGCCACAAACUCCAUCGUGGCCAUCCCUUGGGAACUACAGUAUACAUAGGCGUCUUGAGGAAAAGUCAUAG